UUUGUAACCUGAACCUAUAUUUUUUUCUCUUUGACCUUAGCCAACGCCUAUAAAUUUGGUUUCACUGGCUUAGCAUCAAUGACGUUUGAAAAGUGGGUGUCAUCUGAGUUCUAUAAAAUAAUCUCUCCACCUUUCUCUAUAUAUCAUAUUAGACAACUGAGGAAACACUCUUUGAACAGGGAUCACAACGGCUAUGUUGCGAGGAAAAGCUUGGGUCCAAGGUUUCAUCCUGCUAGUGCUGGUCACAUGGUGUGAAACUGCUCACAGUCAACAUGAACACAAAGACACAAAUGUGGGCGACCUGAGACUCAUUAUGGUCGGAAAAACUGGAUCAGGAAAGAGUGCUUCUGGAAACACCAUCCUGGGGAGAAAAAAUGCCUUUAAAGCGGAUAUGUCACCUGAAUCUGUGACUAGAGGUUGUCACAGAGAAGAGGUAGACAAUGGUGAGAGAAACAUUGUUGUCAUUGACACACCAGGGCUGUUUGACACUAACAAAACCCAAGAAGAAGUGAAAGUAGAAAUAGAGGAGUGUAUUGACCAGUCAGUUCCUGGGCCCCAUGCUUUUCUGUUAGUGAUCAGUCUGAAGUCAAGAUUCACUCAUGAAGAGAAGGAGGCUGUGAAGUGGAUCCAGGAUAAUUUUGGCUUUGAUUCUUCCAUGUAUACCAUUGUCCUUUUCACACAUGCUGACUUACUGGAAGGUAAAUCUGUGGCUGAGUAUUUGGCAGAGAGCGAAAAUCUACGAAGACUGAUAAACCAGUGCGGAGGAAGAUACCAUUCACUCAUCAAUGACAAGAGACAAAGCAGAAUCCAGGUCAGGGAACUUCUAGAUAAGAUAGAGAAAAUGGUAAAGGAGAAUGGAGGAAAACACUACACCAAUGAAAUGUACCAGAGAGCACAGAAGAAACUUGACGAAGAGAGGAAAAAGAGGGAAGAGGAGGAAAAACGAAGAUUAAAGGAAGCAGAAGAGAGGAUCAAAGAGGAGGCGGAAAAGAUUGCUUGGUGUAAAAUGGUAGCUAUGGUUAGCGCGGGAGGUGUUUUAACAGGAAUGUUUAUUUCAUCAAAUAUUGUUAUUGGAGCAGGUGUAGUUCUUGGACUCAGUCAGGGUUAUGAUUGCACAGAUAUUCUUUUGUAGUUGUGUGUCCUGUGACAAAAAGAAAACAGAGGGAAGAA